GCGCGAGGGCGCGGGCGGGGAAGGCUCGCCGGCGACGUCCCGAGCCCGGCCCGCGCCGUCCCCGCCCCGGCGCCGCCCCCAGCGCCCCUCCGGCCGGCCAGACCCAGCCAUGAUCAAGGCCAUCCUCAUCUUCAACAACCACGGGAAGCCGCGGCUGUCCAAGUUCUACCAGCCCUACAGUGAAGACACCCAGCAGCAGAUCAUCCGGGAGACCUUCCACCUAGUGUCCAAGAGAGACGAGAAUGUGUGCAACUUCCUGGAAGGAGGCUUGUUAAUCGGCGGCUCUGACAACAAGCUGAUCUACAGACACUAUGCAACGCUGUAUUUUGUCUUCUGUGUGGACUCCUCAGAAAGCGAACUUGGCAUUUUAGACCUCAUUCAGGUGUUCGUGGAGACCUUAGACAAAUGUUUCGAGAAUGUAUGUGAGCUGGACUUAAUAUUCCAUGUAGACAAGGUUCACAAUAUCCUGGCAGAAAUGGUGAUGGGCGGCAUGGUGCUGGAGACCAACAUGAAUGAGAUUGUCACGCAGAUCGACGCGCAGAACAAACUGGAGAAGUCUGAGGAUCAGGGUGGCACUGACGGAAGUACAGGACGAUGGCUCAGUCUGAGAUCUGAGCACGAAGAAAGAUUGGGAGUCAGAAGACACUUUGCAGCUCUGUGUUUUAAAGCAAAGCUGCCCUGCGUUUCUCCCUAGCUGAAUUUGCUGCUAGUUUUAUAAGGAGGAGCUUAUAAUGGUGCUGGGCCAAAUAUAGAACUUUUGAAAGUG